UUAGAGAGUGAAAAAGAACCCAAAUGAAAAAAAAAAAAGUGAUUUUGUUAUCCCAACCAAUUAUUGAAAAAAUGUGGUUCAGUAUACUAAAACCCUAAAACCCUAAAAGAAACAUCAACAGCUCCCUCCAUCGAAUCGCCGCCGCUCGUCGGAGAAACCUGUCCAGGCGGAUCUUCCAUUCUUUCAAUCUUGUUUGCCACAAUUUUUGCUUCCGCCACUGUAUGGUUGAAAUUUGAGAUACAUCCAUGGGAACAAUAAACUCUCUAUGGAAUUUUACUAAAAAAUUCGUUACAAUUGGUCUCAUUACUGUCACUGUUUCUGAUCGUUAUGUCACUGUUGUUCCGGUUCGAGGUGGCUCUAUGUCUCCCACUUUUAACCCUAAAACUGAUUCUUUCACAGAUGACUAUGUCUUGGUUGAGAGAUUUUGCCUUGAGAAGUACAAGUUUUCACACGGUGACGUCGUUAUCUUCCGUUCACCAUUGAAUUACAAGGAGACACACAUAAAGAGAAUACUUGCUUUACCGAACGAGUGGUUUGUUACUCGUCAUAACAAUGAUGUAACAAGGAUUCCAGAAGGACAUUGUUGGGUCGAGGGAGACAAUGCAACUUCUAGCAUGGAUUCAAAAUCAUAUGGAUCUGUUCCUUUGGGUCUAGUUCGAGGAAGGGUUACCCAUGUUGUGUGGCCUCCUCAUAGAAUAGGAGCCGUCAAAAAUACUAAAACAGAAGCAAUACUACCUUCUCAAUGAUUGGAUCUUAAUGCUAUUGUCUAACCUCUUCAAACAAUAGGUGCCAUGAAAAGAACUUCACACUAGAAGUACAUCCUUUGAUCUCUAAUGUUGUUCCCUCUGGUGGGAAAACCAUUUUUUACUCAACUGGUCCUUAUGUAGAGAAGUGACCAACCCAUUUAUUGAUUGGAUUAGUAUAUACUGUGAAACUCUUCAUUUUGAUUACAUUUUAAGCAAAGUAACCUUAAGAUGUUACAAAUAAGAUGUGAUCAUGUGAAUGAUAGCUUAAUUUUUCAUUUUGCUUUAUUUUCAAGAUAGUAAAGCCACAAUUCAGAGGUGCCAAUAAGUUUCUUAGUCCAAACGUGUUGUUUACCAUUGUGUUCAAAUAUAUAGAGUGUAGAGCACCCAACUUUAAUUGUUGUUUCUCAAUGGGUGGAGGGGUUAUAGGUGCACCAAUAAUUUGGGAUGGGGAUGGUUGUUGCUUGUUACUGAACAGCUAAAGAUGCCAUAAUUAGUGAAAUUGUAGGCAUAAUUUGUACUUCAAGCACUUCAAAUUAAAAGUCAUUUUACAA